AUGAAGGCGUUUUCGGCUUGCCGUUUUGAGGGGGAACGGGCACCGAGGAGACGCGAGGGAUCCCCUCUUCCCGCAAAAGGGCCGCGGAGCAGCGGCGGCACGGUGCGGAGAUGGCAGCGCCCUUCUGACGGCGGCACUCCGUGCCCUACGCCGCUCCCGUCGCUUUACGUUUCAGGAAGCCUCGGGAGGCCGAAUUCCGCCCAAAAGAGCCCCGCGGGAGGUAAGGAGCGACGCCGCGGCCGCCCGUGGCGGGGUCUGUCAGCACCCCGCCCGCCUCUUCUCACCGCGGAGGCGUUGGCAGGAACGGCUCCACGCGGGAGGCGGCCCGGAGACGUUCGGCACCGGGGAGCUGCCGGGCGCACGGCCCUCACCGCGGCGCCCAGGCGGGGACAGACAGCGCCGGGGGCCCGGGACGCACAGCCAGCGCCUCCAGAACGAGGCAGAGUCGGCCCCGCGGUGACGGGAGGGCGCACAGCUCUGGCUGCCUCUCCCUUACGCCCCGGCUGCGUGCAGCUGCACAGUUUUCCUGCUGAGAUCCCCCAGCCGCCCCUCGUUCGUGAGUACAGAAAGGCGAACGGUAGCGAGGUGAGCAGGCUUGAAGCAGGAAAACGCUGUGCUCGGGCUACCAGCUGUCCCCGGCCACGAAACGAGGGGAAAAAGAAAGCAUGUUUAAGGGCCUCAGUACGACAGUUCCCUGUCAGAAGCAAUAGUGCAGGCAGUAUUGUUAACAGAAGUAUGAAUUAUAAUUUCCCCCCGAGAUAACCCCGGAGAUAUGUGUGUGUAUAUGUGCCACCCGUACGUUCAAGUCCAGUUGCUUUUCUGCAUGAAAAUGAAAUAAUGUGCAGCACUUCGAA